AGCUGCAGUCCGCGCAUGCUCAGUUCCACGCUGACAGCUAGGAGGAGGAAGUAGCUAAAGCUAACGUGCUGCGGGACACACAACGCGGUAGUUUGCGGUUAACCACCGCAGAAAUGUUCCGGAGGAAGCUCACAGCUCUGGACUAUCACAACCCCGCAGGCUGCGACUUCUCAGAUGAGACUCAGUACAGGAACUGCAUCGUGUGGCUGGAGGACCAGAAGAUCCGACACUACAAGAUCGAGGACCGGGGGAAUCUGAGGAACAUCCCCGGCUCCGACUGGCCAUCGGCCUUCCAGAAGUACCUGCAGGACGUCAACUGUCCGUUCGGGUCUCAGGAGAAGCACGAGGCUCUGGACUGGCUACUGGGCCUGGCUGUGCGCUACGAGUAUGGAGACAACGUGGAGAAGUAUAAGAACUGUCAGCCGCUGGCAGCCUCCAGUAACAGCGACGUACCGGUCGACCCGCUGGUCAACCUCGACAUUAAUUCACCAGAUUUCAAAGCAGGAGUGACGGCUCUGUCCAGCAUCCUCAAAAUCCAGCGGCACGACGACUACCUGGUCAUGCUCAAGGCCAUUCGUAUUCUGAUCCAAGAGAGACUUUCGCCAGAAGCCAUCGCUAAAGCCAGCCAGAGCCGAGAGGGAAUUCCAGUGACUUUAGACAAACACACCUUGGGUUUCGACACUGGAGACGCGACCCUGAACGAAGCGGCUCAGAUCCUGCGCCUCCUGCACAUCGAGGAGCUGCGGGAGCUUCAGACCAAGAUCAACGAGGCCAUCGUCGCCGUGCAGGCCAUCAUCGCCGACCCCAAGACCGACCACCGGCUGGGCAAGGUGGGCAGAUGAGGGCGAGGAUGAAGAGGGACGUUAGAGGAAGGGCGGGACUGAAACAUGGUUUAAAUUGGUUUAGAAGAAAAUAAGUUUUUAAUUUUUUUUGGACAGUUUGUUUUCUCUAUUUUUGGGGAUUUGGAGCCAACGCUUUUCAGACGCUGUCUCGAAGACGAGCUGUGUAAGACACACUGAGUUGAAUGGUUAAUUUCUUUAGGUUGAACCUUCUGAUCCUCCUCCAGCUGCUGUAACCGCCCACAAAUCAAUGCAAACCUCAGAAAUAUUCAAAAAACCUGUUUUUCAGAUGGAAGUAAAUGUUAUUUUGAGACGGUUUUCACUGACGCUGUAUAAAAGUUAAAUCCAUCUGAACGCA